AUGGAGCCCCAGGCAGCCGCCGCGGGCUCCUCUGAGCCUGCCGCUGCACCCUCCUCCUUCCAGGCCCGGCUCUGGAAGAACUUGCAGCUGGGGGCGGCCAAGGGCAAGGGCGGCGGCGGCAGCGGGCACGCAGGGGGCCCGGAGCAGCGCCCCGCUGCCCCCCCAUCGCCCUCCCCGCCACCCCCCGGGGGCAGGCGGGACGCACUGGCCGGAGGAGCAGGUGGCACGGGCACUCGGUGGAUCAGCUUCAAGAAACGGAAGCAAGUGCUGGACCGCGUCUUCUCCUCCUCCCAGCCCAACCUGUGCUGCUCCUCCCCGGAGCACCUGGGGCCCGGGGGCCCCGCCAGAGGCGAGCAGGGCUCCACGCUGCGCCGCAGGCUCCGCGAGCACCUGCUCCCCGCGGGGAAGGGGCCCACCGCCGCAGGGACGCCUCCUGGCGGCCGCUCCCCGGACUCCGCUCCCUCUUCGUCCUCCGCUUCUUCCUCCCUGUCCUCCUCGCCGCAGCCGCCCCCGAGGGGCAGCCGUGGUCAAGAUGAGGGCGCACAGCACCGGGGCGCCGCGGCGCACUUGUGCCACCAGAAGAGCUCCUCCCUGCCGGGCACCGCCAGCCUGGAGCAGCUGCUGGAGCCGCCUCCGCCCCCCGCGGCGGGGGCAGAGAGGGCACAGGGCGCCAGGGAGCCUUGGACCCUGGAGAAAGGCAGCCAGAAAAUAAAUACUUCUGGAGCCAGUAAUGCAGAUGUCCCUCUGGCUGAUCCCGGAAUGUACCAGUUGGAUAUUACAUUAAGAAAGGGUCAAAGUUUAGCCGCCCGGGAUCGAGGAGGGACAAGUGACCCAUAUGUGAAGUUUAAAAUUGGAGGAAAAGAAGUUUUUAGAAGUAAAAUAAUACACAAGAACCUCAAUCCUGUGUGGGAGGAGAAAGCGUGCAUUCUUGUCGAUCAUCUCAGAGAGCCAUUGUAUGUGAAGGUAUUUGACUAUGAUUUUGGACUACAGGAUGAUUUUAUGGGCUCAGCCUUUCUGGAUCUAACACAGUUGGAGUUGAACAGGCCCACAGAUGUGACUCUGCCAUUAAAAGAUCCCCACUAUCCUGACCAUGACCUUGGAAUCAUUUUGGUGUCAAUCACCCUUACACCUAAGGAAGGAGAACACAGGGAUGUGACAAUGCUAAUGAGGAAGAGUUGGAAAAGAUCAAGUAAGGAACUUUCAAACAAUGAAGUGGUUGGAUCUUAUUUCUCUGUGAAGUCUUUCUUUUGGAGGACGUGCGGCAGGCCUGCUUUCCCCGCGCUGGGCUUCUGCAGAGCAGAGCUUCAGAGUGUGUAUUACCAAAACGCACAAUUUCAGACCCAAAGUUUACGUCUGUCAGAUGUACACAGAAAAUCACAUCUUUGGCGAGGAAUAGUGAGUAUCACGUUGAUUGAGGGGCGAGACCUCAAGGCUAUGGAUUCAAAUGGGUUGAGUGACCCCUACGUGAAGUUCCGGCUUGGGCAUCAGAAGUAUAAGAGCAAGAUUAUGCCCAAAACUUUGAAUCCUCAAUGGAGAGAACAAUUUGAUUUUCAUCUCUAUGAAGAAAGAGGGGGGAUCAUCGAUAUUACUGCAUGGGACAAAGAUGCUGGGAAAAGGGAUGAUUUUAUUGGCAGGUGCCAGGUCGACCUGUCGGUCCUCAGCAGGGAACAGACUCACAAAUUGGAAUUGCAGCUGGAAGAGGGUGAGGGGCACCUGGUGCUGCUGGUCACCCUGACAGCCUCAGCCACAGUCAGCAUCUCUGACCUCCCUGUCAACUCCCUGGAGGACCAGAAAGAACGGGAUGAAAUAUUAAAAAGAUAUAGCCCACUGCGGAUAUUUCACAACCUGAAAGAUGUGGGGUUUCUCCAGGUGAAAGUAAUCAGAGCAGAAGGAUUAAUGGCUGCUGAUGUGACAGGGAAAAGUGACCCAUUUUGUGUAGUGGAACUGAACAAUGAUAGGCUUCUCACACAUACUGUCUACAAAAAUCUCAAUCCUGAGUGGAACAAAGUCUUCACAUUCAACAUUAAAGAUAUCCAUUCAGUUCUUGAAGUGACAGUUUAUGAUGAAGAUCGGGAUCGAAGUGCUGACUUCCUGGGCAAAGUUGCUAUACCAUUGCUGUCUAUUCAAAAUGGUGAACAGAAAGCCUACGUCUUGAAAAACAAGCAGCUGACAGGGCCAACAAAGGGGGUCAUCUAUCUUGAAAUAGAUGUGAUUUUUAAUGCUGUGAAAGCCAGCUUACGAACAUUAAUACCCAAAGAGCAGAAGUACAUUGAAGAGGAAAACAGACUCUCUAAACAGAUGUUACUAAGAAACUUUAUCAGGACGAAGCGCUGUGUCAUGGUGCUUAUAAAUGCUGCAUACUACGUUAAUAGUUGCUUUGAUUGGGACUCACCCCCAAGGAGCCUUGCUGCUUUUGUGCUUUUCCUCUUUGUUGUGUGGAACUUUGAGCUCUACAUGAUACCGCUGGUGUUGUUGUUACUAUUGACAUGGAACUACUUCUUGAUAAUAUCAGGGAAAGAGAACAGGCAACGUGAUACAGUAGUGGAGGACAUGCUAGAGGACGAGGAAGAAGAAGAUGACAAAGAUGACAAGGACAGUGAAAAGAAAGGGUUUAUAAAUAAAAUCUAUGCCAUUCAGGAGGUAUGCAUCAGUGUCCAGAACAUCCUAGAUGAAGCGGCUUCCUUAGGCGAAAGGAUAAAGAAUACUUUCAACUGGACAGUCCCAUUCCUAAGCUGGCUGGCCAUCAUCGCCCUCUGUGUGUUCACAGUCGUCCUGUACUUCAUUCCACUGAGAUACAUUGUCCUUGUCUGGGGCAUCAAUAAAUUUACAAAAAAGCUUCGGUGUCCCUAUGCAAUUGACAACAAUGAACUGCUUGACUUCCUUUCCAGAGUCCCUUCAGAUGUACAAAUGGUGCAAUACCAAGAACUGAAACCAGAUCCCUCUCACAGCCCAUGUAAAAGGAAGAAAAACAAUCUUGGCUAG